AUGACAAAUGAUGUCAUUCCGGUGAAAACGGAAUAUUUAAAUUCACGAAGGAUUCGAAUACAAAUGAAUGAUAACAAUAUCAAUGCAUUUUCAUACAUUUUUGAAUAUUCAACAGUUAGUACUGCACCGGAUAAUUGGAUUUUUGCUGGCGUUAACUCAUCACCGGAUAUUAAUUUUACAGUUGAUGAUGCUUGUCGAGAUUAUCAGUUUCGAGCAAUUGUAAUUUUGAAAACUGCGGAUCAAGAUCGCUGGUUGAUUGUUUAUCGACCUCGAGCAAUACCGGUUGAUCUACCAACAUUUGCUAUAACACCUGAUAAGAUUCAGACUGCAUUACCGGUUUACAAUGCGGACGAUGAUACGGUGGUUGUUUACAUUUCAUGGGAAAAUCCAAUCGGUUAUACGGAUGCGGACAUAUAUGGUUACGAAGGUCCGGCAAUUUAUCCAGUUCAGUGUAAUUCACCGGAAGCUGAAUUACCAUCACCAUCUGUUGAAUUAAGGAAAGGUGGUGGUCGUUUACGGAUAUCGUUACCAUCUGAAGUGCUCGACCGUAAAUGUAGAAUUUGGGCAGAGGUACAAAUGCUACCGCGGUGUAUUCGAUUGGAACCGUUCAGUAUUCAACAAUCAUUCGAGCUUGAUUGUGACAAAUUAACAACACUUGAAGUGUGUAAACAUGAAGUUGCACCACAGUGUACAGAUAUCAUUGAUGUUUGGGGUCAUGGAAAUAAUGCAACAAUUAUGUGGUCACCACAGGAUGGUUUUGGUGCACCACUUUAUUAUCACAUUCGUUACGGUCCAGCAAAAAUGCAGGUAUAUUAUUUAUGCAACUCGUAA